CGUCGCCGGGGCCUGUCCUGCCGCUAGCCUGCCGGUCAGGCCCCAGAACGAAGCCUGGAGCGUCGGCCGAAAGGGUCAUGAGCCAGAGCGCCCCGGGGCGCCGCGGGGACAGCGAGCAGCGGAGAUAGCGACCUCGCACCCCUCCCAUCCCAGUCCUCGCUGUCUUGACGCGCGCGUCCGCCGCGUCCCCAGAGCCCACUGUCCUUGCCUCGGGGGGCCUCCGUCGCCGCCAUGGCCACCCUACUCCGCAGCAAGCUGACCAAUGUGGCCACGUCCGUGUCCAACAAGUCCCAGGCCAAGGUGAGCGGCAUGUUCGCCAGGAUGGGUUUCCAGGCGGCCACGGACGAGGAGGCGGUGGGCUUCGCGCACUGCGACGAUCUCGACUUUGAGCACCGCCAGGGCCUGCAGAUGGACAUCCUGAAAGCCGAGGGCGAGCCCGGCGGAGAGGAGGGCUCCGAGCCGCCCGUCGAGGGAGACAUCCAUUACCAGCGCGGCGGCGCUCCGCUGCCACCCUCGGGCUCCAAGGACCAGGCUGUGGGGGCUGGUGGAGAGUUCGGGGGUCAAGACAAGCCCAAGAUCACGGCGUGGGAGGCGGGCUGGAACGUGACCAACGCCAUCCAGGGUAUGUUCGUGCUGGGCCUUCCCUACGCCAUCCUGCACGGCGGCUACCUAGGGUUGUUCCUCAUCAUCUUCGCGGCGGUGGUGUGCUGCUACACGGGCAAGAUCCUCAUCGCGUGCCUGUACGAGGAGAACGAGGACGGCGAGGUGGUGCGCGUGCGGGACUCGUACGUGGCCAUAGCCAACGCGUGCUGCGCGCCGCGCUUCCCCACGCUGGGCGGCCGCGUGGUCAACGUGGCGCAGAUCAUCGAGCUGGUGAUGACGUGCAUCCUGUACGUGGUGGUGAGCGGAAACCUCAUGUACAACAGCUUCCCGGGCUUGCCCGUGUCGCAGAAAUCCUGGUCCAUCAUCGCCACGGCGGUGUUGCUGCCGUGCGCCUUCCUGAAGAACCUCAAGGCCGUGUCCAAGUUCAGCCUGCUGUGCACCCUGGCCCACUUCGUCAUCAACAUCCUGGUCAUCGCUUACUGCCUGUCGCGGGCCCGCGACUGGGCCUGGGAGAAGGUCAAGUUCUACAUCGACGUCAAGAAGUUCCCCAUCUCCAUCGGCAUCAUCGUGUUCAGCUACACGUCGCAGAUCUUCCUGCCCUCGCUCGAGGGCAACAUGCAGCAGCCCAGCGAGUUCCACUGCAUGAUGAAUUGGACACACAUCGCCGCCUGCGUGCUCAAGGGUCUCUUCGCGCUCGUCGCCUACCUCACCUGGGCCGACGAGACCAAGGAAGUCAUCACGGAUAACCUGCCCGGUUCCAUCCGCGCCGUGGUCAACAUCUUCCUGGUGGCCAAGGCCCUGUUGUCCUACCCUCUGCCCUUCUUCGCCGCCGUCGAGGUGUUGGAGAAAUCGCUGUUCCAGGAAGGCAGCCGGGCCUUCUUCCCGGCCUGCUACGGAGGCGACGGCAGGCUCAAGUCUUGGGGCCUGACGCUGCGCUGCGCGCUCGUGGUCUUCACGCUGCUCAUGGCCAUCUACGUGCCGCACUUCGCGCUGCUCAUGGGCCUCACGGGCAGCCUCACGGGCGCCGGCCUCUGCUUCCUGCUGCCCAGCCUCUUCCACCUGCGCCUACUCUGGCGCAAGCUGCUGUGGCACCAGGUCUUCUUCGACGUGGCCAUCUUCGUCAUCGGUGGCAUCUGCAGCGUGUCCGGCUUCGUGCACUCCCUCGAGGGGCUCAUCGAGGCCUACCGAACCAACGCGGAGGACUAGGGCGCGGAAGGGAACCAGCCCCCGGCCCACGCCACGCUCCCGCGCUCCCCGUCUUCCCACCCGCCGCCAACAGUGCCCCCCCCACCGCCACCACCAAGCACCCCCUCCCUCCCUCCUUCCUUCCCUCCUCCCGUGCGCCGUGCCACCGCCGCCACUGCGCUUUUUUUUUUUUUUUUAACAUCUCUGGUCCCUAGAUCUCGGAUUAUUCGGGGAUGGGGAGGUGGGAGGGGAUAGGGAGCCCAGAUCCCUCGCGUCUGCGUCUCUGUUGUCCUUUCUUUCCCGCAACGCUCUGAUUUGGGGAGUUAGGGAGGCGGGGACGCAUUUGUGGGCAAUGUUUUCUGACCCUCCUGGAGGGGACCUCCCCCCACCACGACGACAGUCAAUGAGUGAGGGGUGGGUGGGGUGAGAAGGGAGAGAA